AACCUUAAAUAGACCAUGGAGAAUUUGUUAUCUCUGCUCUGUUGUCGUUAUUCUUUGCUGAUUUUAUUUCAGUACAGAUAUCAGGUGUAUGGAAACUAUUCCCAGCUACCCAAACACCCAGGAUUCAGAGUUCUUGCAUCAGCUUCCCAUUACUGGCCAUUGGAAGAUGUGGAUGGAAUUCAUGAGUUUCGGGAUACGAAUGGAGCUCUAAGAAUCCACAACUUCACUGUGCUUCCUUCCCAUAACUCUACCUUUGUAUAUACCAAUGACUCUGCCUACUCUAACUUCUCUGCAACUGUAGAUAUUGUAGAAGGAAUGGUGAACAAAGGAAUUUAUGUUGCUGAAAAGAAAGGAGUUACCUUUCUCUUCUUUGGAAGCUAUCAAAAUUCUUGCAUUAGUAAUCCAGAAGUUUGUGGACCUGAAGGAGUAACAUUUUCCUUUUUCUGGAAGACUCAAGACCAACAGGCUAAGUUUCUCCCUGCCUCUGGUGGACAAGUAAUUUCCAGUGGUUUCAAAAUCUGUUCAAAUGAAGGCGAAGGCUCAGUGGAAUUUUACACCCGUGGGAAGGCAAUGAUGAAGUGGAAAGCAAGCUUUAGUCCACCAGGUCCUUUUUGGACUCAUAUUCUCUUUACUUGGAAAUCAAGAGAAGGACUGAAAGUCUAUGUCAACGGAACUCUAAACACAACUGAUCCAGAUGGGAAAGUUUUCUAUGAUUAUGGAGAUCCCGGUGCAAAUCUACUGACUGGGACAGGGGGGGAUCAAACUAAGCGCUAUGUGAAUGGGGCAUUUGAUGAAUUCAUUAUAUGGGAAAGGGCACUCACCCCCAAUGAAGUUGAGCAGUACUUUACAGCUGCUAUUGGUGUGCAAGUUUCACUUUCUUCAACGCUUCCAUGGUCUGUGAUGACAACCACUACAACACCCAUGCUCUCUACAAAUGCCUAUCAGCCCAUCAUAACUAAUCUGACGGAGGAGAGAGGGAACUUCCGCUCCCCAGACACCAUGCUGGGCUACCUGGAGAACGCGUCCUUCAGCUUGCCCAACAAAUCCUUGUCGGAAAAUACUGCCCUAAGCCUGACAGAGGCAUUUUUAAAAGCUGUUGAAGACUUUCUGUUAUUGCCCAACUGGAUUGAUGUACCAGAGACCGCUCACAUAUUUGGAAAUUUAAUUCAAACUAUUGACAGUGUGAUGGCUCAUAUUAUGUGCAAUCUGGAUGAAAACUCGUUACCUUUAACUGUUGAGGGCACAUCAUCUGUGGCAGAUUACAGCUUGGUCAAAAUGCAUCCUCAGACUCUGAAUUUGUCCCACUAUCGAUUUCCAUCUCAAGGACAGAGUUUUAUUUCCAUUCCCAGUGAAGCUUUUCGUGAAAAAGCUUGGAUUACCAUUGUCGGCCUGCUUUACCAUAACAUGCACUAUUUCUUUCAUAAUAUCAACCCUAUGGAUACCAAGAUUGCUGAAGCUGCUGCUUACAAAGGUUAUAUGAUCUCAGCAGCCAGUUACCUUAUCUCUAUCAAAGUGGAUCCUCUACCCAAGUUGUCCCACAACCUGUCAGGAUCUCCUCUUAUUACCAUCCAGCUCACACACAAAUUGACUCUCAGACAAUACAGCCAAGCACUAAAUAAGAGUAACAGAAUUCACCUCUACUGUGCAUUUCUGGACUAUAGCAAUGGAACUGGUGUUUGGUCUAAUGAAGGUUGUGUGCGUGAGAGUGGGGACCUCAACUACUCAGUGUGUCUUUGUAACCACCUCACUAACUUCGCCAUUCUGAUGCAAGUGGUGCCUCUGAAGCUAACAAGAGAACACCAGGUGGCCCUCUCCUCCAUCACUUAUAUUGGCUGCGCUCUGUCCAUCUUCUGCUUGAUGAUCACUCUGGUCACAUUUGCUAUAUUGUCGUCUGUCAGCACCAUCCGCAACCAGCGCUAUCAUAUCCAUGCCAAUCUGUCCUUUGCUGUCUUGGUGGCUCAGAUCCUGCUUCUCACCAGCUUUCAGUUCAGCCCAGGAACGGUGCCUUGCAAGAUCUUGGCCAUUCUCCUUCAUUUUUUCUUCCUGAGUGCUUUUGCAUGGAUGCUGGUGGAAGGAUUUCAUCUUUACAGUAUGGUGAUCAAAGUAUUUGGGUCAGAAGAGAGCAAGCACUUAUAUUAUUACGGAAUUGGAUGGGGCUGCCCACUGGUGAUUUGUGUAAUUUCUACAACAUCCUCCCUAGACAGCUACGGAGAAAGUGGCAACUGCUGGCUUUCACUAGAGAAUGGAGCGAUCUGGGCUUUUGUGGCACCGGCGUUGUUUGUAAUUCUGGUCAAUAUUGGUAUUCUCAUUGCUGUCACAAGAGUUAUCUCAAGAAUCAGUGCAGACAACUAUAAGGUCCAUGGAGAUGCCAAUGCCUUCAAACUAACAGCUAAAGCCGUCGCUGUUCUCUUACCAAUCUUGGGAAGCUCAUGGAUUUUUGGGAUUUUGGCUGUCAAUGCCCAUGCAUUAGUAUUUCAGUAUAUAUUUGCUGUUUUCAAUUCACUACAAGGAUUUUUCAUGUUCCUGUUUCACUGUCUUCUGAACUCGGAGGUUAGAGCUGCCUUUAAGCACAAAACCAAGGUCUGGUCCCUUACCAGUAGUUCGACUCGCAACAUCAAUGUAAAACCCUUCAAUUCAGACAUUAUGACUGGGAACAGGCCAGGCACAACCCCCACGAAGCUGAAUACCUGGGAUAAAAGCACCAAUUCAGCCAACCGCAUUGAUUUAUCAGCAGUCUGA